AUGCGGCUGAUCUCUGGCGCCCCCGACAGCUGCCAGGGCAGUGGUGUCGUUGCAUAUUGUACACCAGCGAGGAGGAGGCAUCGGAUGGCAAAGACUGGCUUUGGAGCCAAUGACGAUGAACUUUCAGUAACGACCGAUACACGACGUCUGAAAAAUGUAGACAGGAGACCUACGGUCUGCUCAGAGCAGAAGGGGCGGCAUACCAGGACUAAGAACAGCCCUGGAGCGCAAACAUAUUGGCGAUAUCGUCAAUCAACGGCAUGGAACCUGCUGGUCUCGUUGAUCCUCCUGUUCCUUACUACAACACCUGUGUUUGCCGCAAAAUUACCAUUUCAGAACUGUCUCUCCGACGACUAUCUGUCCGCAACACCACCUAAACUACAAUUUGCACCAGCGGAGGUUCACGCCUUUUUCGACACGGAGAAUCCCAGCCACAAGCUUGAAGUUAUCGUGUAUGGGAAUGUCACUGGGUCAUAUAAUAGAGUUACCCUUCCAGGGGAAGGGGACCCUCAUUGGUCCGAUGUGACCCAGACCGACGGCAAGAUUCUUAGGCAGCCCGAGGGCGAGCAGGGAAAGGCGACUACGCUAUUUCGCCAUGUCGACGUGCUCACAUACAGGCCAUAUCAACAGCCAGACGUGGAUUUUUGUUCUGGGGGUCUGGGCGCUGGCGCACAAUGUCCGUUGGGCCCCGUGUGGCGCGUGGACGACUUCCCGUAUGGACUCCCUACAAUUAAUAUCACGGGCGACGUCAAUUCGUCCUAUGUUUUCACAUCUUUCUCGCCCAAUUUUCUCAUUACCUAUGGUGACGUCAACAAAACCACCAUCGGUUGUAUCACGGCGACGGUCACACCUGAUCUUGGCGACUAUGCCCGGAUAAUCGAGUUUAUCCCUCUUCUAGUCCUCGCCUUGACUGCCUUUGCUACUAUCUUUGCCGCCAUCUGGAGUCCUUGGGGCACAACAGAUAUCUUCCACUGGACCUCGAACUAUGGCCGUGACACAGAUCUCCUAAGAUUAGUGACUCCCGGUUUCGGCGACUGUUUGCACCAUAUCCAAUUUGCGGUGUUGACAGGGUCACUGAGCCUAUCCUAUCCUGGCUUUUAUCAACCUAUCGUGGGCCAGGUGGCUUGGUCCGCGCUCCUAUUCAACCAGACGAUUGCCACCAACAGUUCGACCUACUACCAGCCUGUUCAGGAUGGAGUGUAUGUCCUUGACGGCAGUUACGGAUUGCACAGGUUGGGCCAGCUUGUGGGCUUGGAGUUGACUGCCGACCUUUGGCCAGGCAUGAUGGUCUGGCUCUGUGUCGUUGUGGGUUCUGUUACGGUGUUGGCACAGGCCGCCUUCUUGCUCCAAUGGAUCUACCGAAAAAUCAGAAAUACGUCCGAAGAAGACCUCCGGUCAAAGAAUAUCCCCUUUUCUAUCGGGAAUGUGGUCCGCAUCGUUUUCAACUUCUUUCUUCUUCCUGUUGUGUCACUCUCUUGCUUCCAGUUGGUUGUAGCUGCUGAUUCUUCGCAAGCUGCUGUGGCCAUUGCGGCACUGACCGUUGUCGCCAUUAUAGCCUUCACAGCCUGGGUGUUCCGACUUAUUCUUCGUGCGAAACCCAAGUCGAUUCUGUUUGACGAUCUACCUACAGUCUUGCAAUACGGACCACUGUACAACACAUACUCAGACCAAGCUGCUGCGUUUGCUCUAGUCUCAACAAUACUCACCAUUAUUCGGGGCAUUGCUAUUGGAGCUGUUCAGCCCAGUGGCAUCGCUCAGAUUAUCCUUCUUGCUAUCUGUGAGGUGGUCUUCAUGUUCGCCUUGCAUGCCUCCCGACCCUACCACCCAGGGACAUCGAUGAACGCAUAUCAUACUGUUUUUGCCUUUCUGCGUUUGAUUACCAUUCUUUUGAUGGUUGCGUUUAUCCCCCAGCUGAGUGUGACGGAUAAUGUGAAGGGCUGGGUUGGCUAUGCAGUCUUGCUUUUUCACGGCGCUUUUCUCAUUCUUGGUUUCCUCAUUAAUGCCUUACAAACCAUAUUCGAAGUAACGGCGUUGAUGCUUGGAGCCGGUGGAGAUGACGCUCAUGGCUUGACGAGAGGAGGUCUUUCGAAGAUCUUUGGCAUGCGGCAGUUAUCACGUCGACCAGGGCAGCGCGCUGGCCCAUCGCGGGCAAGCCAACUCUCUAGUUCGGCCAUGCUGGACCAGGAAGAUAAUUCCAAGAAUGGAUUCGCAAUGCCUAGUGGACGGGUAAGGAGCGAAUCUGCCGGGAGCCUGAAUGGUAUGCUUGUUCCCCGACACAGAAGCAGCUCAGCUCUAGACAGUAUCGAUAUGUAUGCCGGUUACCAUCGUCCAGGCGGGAGCGUAAGCUCAUACAUGCCCGGAGACACACCGCAAUUCUCCGCCGCCAACACUCCCACGUUGGGCCGAGGUCAAGGACCAGCCCUGCCGAUGGAGGCUGCUGGUCCAUACUACCGUCCUCCCCGUAGGCGUCAUGAAACAAUGGACAGUCAGCCAGAAAGUCAGCGAGGAUCGAUUCACGUAGAGACGAAACAACGCCAGAGUCUGGGCCCCGGCCCGCUUCUCGGAGACGCUGGCGAGAUGGGUGCAGAGAUCUCUCGAGGACCCACGCCUGCCAACGCAAUCGCUAGUUUGGCUAAUAUUCCAAACCGCCCCGACUACUCGACGCGAGAAGUUGACUUUUACUAUGGUGUCACUCGUGGGCCGGCUCUAAAUUCUGAUGGUGCUGGUAGGAGGCUUGGGACAGGGCCUGCAGAUCCCACUGGCCCAGUAGCAACCGCCACAGGCUGGUUGCGCGGCUUUCUUGGGGGAAAAACUAAGGAGAAGGGCAAGGGUUUCGAAGUUGUCAGAAGUUCGAGAAUGCCUCCGGCUAUGAUGGCUCGCAAUGGUGAACACCCGGAAGGCAUCCCUGUUGCCAUGGGCGUGCUUCGGAACGGACCAAUCGACUCCGACGAUGAGGACCAACCGGCCUCCAAGGCAAAAUUGAAGGCUCGACCUGGCACUCUUCUUACAGAGACAGGCGAGCCUCGGGGUCCGGAUGAAGAUGAGCCAGAUAGUCCAGCUACCGAUCGUCUCCCCCGCGGGUCCAAACCUUUGUCACGCCAAGACACGUUGGAGCAGCCCCCUGAAGUUCCACGGAAAAGUUCAAAGAGGAAUUCGGCGUUGAUAGACAGCUCCAAGAACUCUUCGGUGACGGAUCACGGUGCUGAACCAUCAUCCAGGUCGGUCGAUGAGCCAGGGCAAAGUAGUGAAGCUGCAGGAACAGGAAUCAUCCAUUCACGACUGCCGUUCGAGAGGACGGCAUCGCAGAAGCGGAGGCUUUCUAAUCCAUCCUCGAUGGAGAUUUCCAUUGACCUCUCCCGCGAGCCAAGCACCAGACUUGGUGAACGCCCUGCUAGCUUCGGUCUCGUAUCGCAACAUAGUAUUAGCCGUGUGGAUCCACAGCACGGUGAUACUGAAUUGCUUGGAGCAUCUGCGGAGUUGGUGGAUGAGCCAUUACACGGCAGACGUUGA